UACUCUCUUUUUUUUAGCAAAAUAUAAGCCGCAUCUGUACACUUGAUUUUGUUAAAGUAGAGCCGACUGACAAGCCGCGUUGAUCAAAAACAGCCAAGAUAAACCCUAGACAAAUAGACACGUAAGCGGUUCAAAAGCUACACCAAAGAUGAGGCAACUGGCGAGCAUAUUGUUGCUGGCUUUUGUCGUGGGCCGGGCUAAUGCCUUCUAUUCGCCCACCGAUGGCGUUGUGGAGCUGACGCCCUCGAAUUUCGACCGGGAGGUACUGAAAGACGACGCCAUCUGGAUUGUGGAGUUCUACGCCCCAUGGUGCGGCCAUUGCCAAAGCCUGGUGCCCGAGUACAAGAAGCUGGCCAAGGCGCUCAAGGGAGUGGUCAAAGUGGGUUCCGUCAAUGCCGAUGCGGAUAGCUCGCUGAGCGGCCAGUAUGGUGUACGUGGCUUUCCCACCAUCAAGAUCUUUGGGGCCAACAAGAAGUCGCCCAGCGAUUACAAUGGCCAGCGCACCGCAAAGGCCAUUGCCGAGGCCGCUCUGGCCGAGGUCCAGAAGAAGGUUCAGUCCGUUCUGGGCGGCGGUGGUGGAUCCUCCGGCGGUUCUAGCAGCUCAUCCGGCGAUGAGGUCAUCGAACUCACCGACGCUAACUUCGACCAGCUGGUCCUAAACUCCGACGACAUCUGGCUGGUGGAGUUCUUUGCUCCAUGGUGUGGUCACUGCAAGAACCUGGCACCCGAAUGGGCCAAGGCCGCCAAGGAGCUGAAGGGCAAGGUCAAGCUGGGCGCUUUGGAUGCCACCGCCCAUCAGAGCAAGGCCGCCGAGUACAAUGUGCGCGGCUAUCCCACCAUUAAGUUCUUCCCUGCUGGAUCUAAGCGCGCCAGCGAUGCCCAGGAAUAUGAUGGCGGACGCACUGCCUCGGAUAUUGUGUCCUGGGCCGGCGAUAAACAUGUGGCCAAUGUACCGGCACCCGAACUCAUCGAGAUCACCAAUGAGUCCACCUUCGACACUGCCUGCGAGGGCAAGCCUCUGUGCGUCGUCUCCGUGCUGCCGCAUAUCCUGGACUGCGAUGCCAAGUGCCGCAACAAGUUCCUGGACACGCUGCGCACGCUGGGCGACAAGUUCAAGCAGAAGCAGUGGGGCUGGGCCUGGUCAGAGGGUGGCCAGCAGUUGGCGCUGGAGGAGUCGCUUGAGGUGGGAGGCUUUGGCUACCCUGCCAUGGCUGUGGUCAACUUCAAGAAGAUGAAAUUCUCGGUGCUCAAGGGAUCCUUCUCCAAGGACGGCAUCAACGAGUUCCUGCGCGACAUUUCCUACGGACGUGGCCAUACGGCACCGGUUCGCGGUGCCAAGAAGCCAGCGAUUGUGUCCGUCGAUCCCUGGGACGGCAAGGAUGGCCAACUGCCCACCGAGGAGGACAUCGAUCUGAGCGACAUCGAUCUGGAUAAGGAUGAGCUGUAAGGCUGUCAGGAUCGGAGACUAAGACUGAGCGGCCCAAGCUCAAAUUUCCACUUAUUAAACUUACAAACACUUGCAUUCUGAAUGAUAUUCAUUAGUCAGCCAGCGUAUCUAAAUAUAAAUAAUUAAUAAUUAUCUAUUAGCCUUUUCUACCACCCUCACAUAGAUAUUAAAGAAUUGAAACCAGCGAACAUAAGAACUAUGUACCAUAAAAUGAAUAAACUGUGCAACGAAACGUGUGAA